CUGCAGCAACAGGCUGAACUAGCCAAGGAAUUGCGCAGAGGGAUGACGACGAUUCGAGAGAAGAAUACGUAACGCGAAGUUAUAUUCUGUUGCUCAAGAGUUUUUAUAAAGAACAUAAAACACAGUUCGUGCGUGUUUCAAAUAUCUCGUUCCGUCAUUUCACUCCGUUUUGUCGAUCCAUUGUGAUCUUUCGCUCUAGAAACGAUAAAUUUCAAUUUCUUUCCGAUUCUACGAACGUUAUGGCCACUGAAGAGACUGUGGAUCAACCAGAUUUGUCUUGUGUAGAGGAGAGCCUAAUGAGUCUAGAGAAACUGGAUAGAGCAUCUCCUGAUUUAUGGCCUGAACAAACGAGCAAUGAAGUUCCAGGUGUGCAUGAGUUUGUUGCUCAAAAUUCACCGCAGACAGAACCAUGUUUUUGGACUGCGAGUUUUUCAGCGGACGACAUAAGUCAAUUGCAUCAAUUGGGUAAUUUAACAAUGACCGGGCUUAUCUCGGAAGUGAAAAAACUGCACGAUUUAGCUUAUCAGCUGGGUCUAGAAGAAGCUAAGGAAAUGACGCGUGGAAAAUAUUUGAAUAUAUUUAAACAUAAAUAAUAUUUCGUAGAUAAAAAAAUAAAACUCGUGAAAGUGCAAUAUCAAUUGGUGUUCUUAAGUGCCAUUUUGAGAUGGUUGCAUUUGCAAUUUUAAGAAUUCUCUAGAAUCCAUCUUGUGUAUUUCUGUACAUUUAUGAACGCAGAUGGAAAAAUGGUGCUUGAGUCGCAACUAGACCCAUAUGAUAGGAUUCCUACCUGAUAAAAAAAAUAUUGUAUAUAUAUAAAUAUGUGAAAUACCAUCUGUAGUGUAUAUAUAUAUAUAUAUA